AUGCAAUCGACCAACGCAGUCAAAGUGGAGGGCCAAACUCCCACCGCUCCCGCCUUUCAACGCCCCUCAGGAAGCGGCGGAGGCAACAAGAAGGGCACAAGCGCCGAGCGCCGAGCCACCCACAAUGCGAUCGAGCGAGCUCGUCGAGAGUCGCUUAACGGCCGCUUCCUUCAGCUUGCAGCCUCGCUACCCGCCAUCUCUGACGUGCGACGUCCCUCCAAGUCGCUGAUUGUCAAUAAGUCUCUGGACUUUGUUGCCGACGCUAUGAACCGAGAGGCGAUGUACCGGCUCAGGAUCGACAACAUGCGCCAGGAGAACAUGCAGCUGCGUCAACAGCUCAAUAAAUUCCUUUCACAGGCAGGCCUCGAGACGCUUCCUCAGCCUCCUGUCGAUGAAUUGCCUAUUCCCAUGGCUGAGAUGGGCAAUAAGAAGCACCAGUCCUCUUCUGGUCACCUUGCCGAUGUGUACGAUCUAGACGACGACGACGGAGCAUUUGGUCCUGGAAGUGAUGAAGGCGGCAAGAACAGCCCAACUUCGUCUUGCUCGGUCGCUUCGAGUAUGCGCGGCUCGCUCUCCACCUCACUUCCUUCUGGCAUUAGCGGUUUCACUCCGAUCGCACCGACCGGUAUCUACAGUCAACCGCCCAGCUUCCUGUCAGCUCCCGUCAACUCUACAGCUGCCAGCAGCACUUCGCCGGGCGAUUCGUCCGCCUCUGGCGAUGUCGCUUUGGGAGACCGCACAGGCAAUUUUGAAGAUGCAGGCGGUAAUUGGGCGCAGUCGGCUACUUUUGACGGCAAUGGCGCUGGCUCUGCGCAGCAGCUGACUUAUGCUGGGCUUGCCUUCUCAUCCUCCAGCGGUCAUCACGGUUUGUACGCUGCUUCGCGUCCUGACUUGAACGGAACGCAUCCAUUUACUUCCGGUAUUCAGUUGGGUCUGCAAGGCGUUGCCACCGAUUCCAAUGCCUCUGACGUCUCUGGAGUGCUUGGUCAGAAUGGACAGGCUCCGAUGUUCUCACUGAAUGAGAAUAACUACAUGCAUCUGCGCAACGCACAACAGCUUCAGCAACAGCAUCAGCUCCAGUUGCAGCUUCAACUUCAGCAACAGCAGCAGCAGCAGUUUGCCAACUCGACUGCUUUCAACGCGUCGCAUUUUUUUGAUCGAGCGCCGCUGCAGCCGGCUAGCUUCAUGACUGCAGUGUGA